ACUUCCGCUUUAGCAGGAAGUCGGUCGUGCUCAUGAGAAGAACCGCAGAGAGUCAGUGGGAGGACAGUGAACGCAGCAAUGUCUUGGCUUGCGAUGAUAUCAUAACACUGCAAUCACAGGACCGUGGCUAUCGGCCUCCCUCUGCGAGUGACCGAUGAUGUAGAGCGGGAGAGAGGAAAAAAAGCAGGCCAGUCAUGGGGAAUUAGAGGAGAAGGAAGGAUGCCAGUUGAACCCCCUCAUCCCUCUACAGUGGGACCGCAGCCAGCGUCAGGAUGGCUCAGUCUAUGAGGAGGGUGGACAUCUCCGUGGACCACAAGCCGCAGAGGGACAAGACACGGACCGGCUACUUCGGGAAUGUGAAGACCAGGCUGGGCUCAAAGUUGCCCUCGGUGCUCUCUCAGCCUUCGCAGUUCGCCACCCGGCCCCUGGACACUCAACCUCAGGCCCGAGGCUUGCAGGAGGCUUCAGCCGGCAACCAGCAGCAGCAGCAUCAUCAUCAUCAGAACCAAAACCCACGUGGCCGACCUCUGGACCACAUCCCGCACAUCAGAAACCCGAUACUGCGGCAGUAUUAUCUGCAAGGCGGCUCAUGGGACGGCAACACCGCUGUGAAGCAAGAUCCAAUGGGACCGUUGUCACAUGACGGAAAAAGCACGGAUGAGUCAGUGUUCAGCAUCUCAUCCCGCUUCAGCGGCGGUGACACAGCUCCCCGUUCCCACUCCCGGUCACAAUCGUCACCUUUGUGCUCUUCCCUCGCCCGCACGGAGAAGCAGCAAGCAGACGAGGGCAAGAGCACCGUUGAAGGCGACCCGGACGCUCCAAAGGAGAAGAGGACGCCGGAGACGCUUCCAGAUCCUUUGGAUCGACUUGCUGCUCCUGCCCAGUCACCCUUGCCGGAAGCGGAAUAUGACAAACUACUGGAUGUGGAGGCGGUCCCCAUGCCCGACGGACAGCUCUGCCUUUUGGCUCUACCGCCUGAGUGCUGUCAGGGGGAGGGUCCAGACGCGACCCCUUAUCUCAAAUUGUUCUGCCGCCACAUCACUGACCGCAAGGGUGUGGUUUCCGGCAUCCUCCUGGUGACAAAGAAUAAGCUUUUCUUCGACCCGUGCAAGACGCACCCGCUGGUGAAAGAGCAUGGCUGUGAGGAUUACCUCCUGUCGUUGUCCGUGGACAAGCUGGCAUCUGUCUCCUUCUUCUCAGACAUCUCGCAUGUUCACUUCCACUACUCCCAGCGCAGGAGAAAAGGGAAGAAACUUUUCCAUAGGCUGACCAAUUCCAAAAGCCAGGAUCAGAAGGCGGAGUCGGUUUCACUUCUGGCACCUGCAGCUCUCUCGAGUUUGAAUCUCAAAAAGGAGGCUACAGCGGGAAGUGGCCAAACGGACAGUAGAAACAUGUCUGAGGAACAGCUCGAUAAGAACCCAGCCGAGAUGUUAGAAGAUACUGGAGGAGCUCUUGGGGUGGCUGCCACCUUCUGCUGCGGCGCUUCAGAGGCGGCCAGUCAAGUGAAGACGGAUGAGGCGCAGUCGUCUUCUGUCGGGAGUCAGCCCACAGCGCCGUUUGGGUCCUCGGCAGAAAGCCCCCGGUGUGUCAUGUUUGUGCGGCUGCGGGUUCAGUCGUCAACUGGAAAGAAAAAGCACGGCGGAGGGUUUCAGUUUGGCAUAACUGAAGCGAGCGCCGUAAGACGGGAAGCUUGGAUCGCCCUAUCACAGGAGAGCUCCAACGAGCUCCACGCCUUCCUCAAGGAACGUCGCCCCGACUUGUGCCUGCUCAAGGGAGGAGGAGUACAAGACGGGGAGGCGGAUAACGACGAAGAGGAGUUCGUACUGGUGGAGGACGACGACGACGAAGAGGAGGGGGAAGCGUUACAGAAGCAGUAUAGCUCGGGGGACGACUGGGAGAUGGUGUUGAUGGAGGACAACAGGGAUAAGCCAGGGCUGCUCACUGACCGGGACCCUGAAGGACUUCAUGCUAUUGUGGAGAAAAGUCACAUUUUGGAAGCCUCGCAUGUCAGAGAGCUGUUCAAGGAGUUGCCCCCCAAGACUGUGGGCCACACUUGGCAGCUGGCCUACAGCACGUCUCUCCACGGCUCCAGCCUCCGGUCCCUCUACCGCAAAGUGAGCGCCACGGACUCGCCCGCUCUCGUCGUCAUAAAAGACUCUCUGGACGAGGUAUUCGGGGCUUUCCUGUCGCACCCGCUGAGGAUUAGUGAGGCGUUUUACGGCACGGGAGAAACCUUUCUCUUCAUGUUGCGUCCUCGAUUCAAGUGCUUCAGGUGGACUGGGGAAAAUUCCUUUUUCAUUAAAGGGGACUUGGACUCAUUCGCCAUUGGCGGAGGAAGCGGUCACUUCGGUCUGUGGGUGGAUGAGAAUCUCUACCAAGGCCGCAGCAGCCCCUGUUACACCUUCAAUAACUGUUGCCUCUCAGAAACCGACGACUUCCGAGUCAUGGAGCUGGAGGUGUGGACGUUCAGCUGAGGCGUCUUCACUGGUCACUUGCUGCGACUGACAUAGAGUUUCAAUGUGGCUGUCAUUUCAUAGUACCGGUCAGGUCAAAUGGAUGAGUCAAGACUUUGGAGCACAGGCUGCUAGAAGGGACAAUUUCAUGGAUGACUUAUUCCUGCGGGCACACUUUCAGACUUUGAACUUUGCGCCAUGUGUGAAUCAGUCGUGCAUCUUCACGCCCAGCCCUGUAAACAUUUAAGUUUGUAUAGAAUGCUCUUGAACAGUGUCAUAUUGUGUACUAAUACUCGCGUGUUACAUAGGCUAAAGCUCCCUUCUUGACAGAAUGCCGUCAAGUGUCACAGGCUGAGUAAAAUACAAUCUGUACUUAGAAUUUA